GGAGGUGAGGACCAGGGUUGAGAAACACUGCUCUAUCUUAUUAGCAACACAGAUACCCACAUAAUACCAAAACACAUAACAGACAGUCAUGCAUGAACACAAUCAAAUCUGCAGAAUGGCUCAAUUGUGUUUCUCUUUCGACUGUUGGAGGAAGCGGCAGAGAUGAACCCAGAAAGGAGAUUCUCACCGCAGCUGCUUGACUGAGUCAGAUGUUUUUAACCGGUCUGAGCGGUUGCAAAGGGUCCUUGAUGCACACUGAUCCAGCUGAGCACCUGUGCACUUCAUUGUCGGUCUCUGUAAGACGUGGGAGGCAAACAGGACAACACAGAGAAAAAUUACAGCAAAAAGUCCCCAUCGCUCUCUGAAUAUCAUGCAUUUUUAUUUGCUUCGACACAAACGCUCAGUGAAGAUAGCAUUCUCCAGUUUUCUGUGUUUGUCUUUUAUUAUGCUCUUCUACAUGAACUACACAACAACGCCACAUUCCCCUCGACUUCCCAAGGGAAAUGUGGGGAAACUCAGAGGAUCCAUCCCUGUCCAGACCACCAGGUUUACAGAUUCCUCUGUCCACAAAUGUCCUCCUGGAUUUUACAGCAAGCAGGAGUUCAGGCCUCACCUUCAGAGGCCUUACCAAAAUCGCUGGGAACCGGGAGCAGGCGGCAAGCCAUUCGUGUGGCGCUCUAUGACUGCUGAGGAACAGAAAGAGGAAUCAAGUGGUUUUAAGAAAAACCAGUUCAACCAGUUUGCCAGCGAUCGCAUCUCUCUGCACCGGGAUCUGGGAAAGGACACACGGCCUCCAGACUGCCUGAAGCAGAAGUUUUUGAGAUGUCCCGGCCUUCCAACCACCAGCGUGAUAAUAGUGUUUCACAACGAGGCCUGGUCCACUCUGCUCAGGACGGUCUACAGCGUCCUCCACACGGCUCCUGCUGCUCUGCUCACAGAGAUCUUACUGGUGGACGACGCCAGUACAGAUGAUCUCUUAAAGACUCCACUGGAUGAAUAUGUGCAGGGGCUGCGAAUAGUGCGAGUCCUGCGUCAGAAGGAGAGAAAAGGCCUGAUCACAGCCAGGCUGAUGGGGGCUCAGGCUGCACAGGGGGAGGUCCUCACCUUCCUAGAUUCCCACUGUGAAUGUUUCCCUGGCUGGCUGGAGCCUCUUCUGGCUCGAAUAGCUGAAGAGCCCAGAGCCGUGGUGAGCCCAAGAAUCACGUCGAUCGAUAAUCACAGCCUGAGGUUUCACAAACCAGUGCCUGAACUGCAAAACUACAGCCGAGGAAAUUUUGAUUGGAGACUCAAGUUUGGAUGGGAACGCGUUCCAGACGAGGAGAAGAAGCGCAGAAAGAAUGAGACAUACCCUAUCAG